AUGCCACGGUUAGCUUCUACGAGAGAAACAACAAAAUUACAAGUCGAGGUGAAAAAUAGAAAGAAAAGAAAGUAUGGCAAUAGAAAUAAUUCAGUAGCUCCACGGGCGCUAGUUCCCGUCCCAGAUCAACAUAGCUUGAAGGAGAAGCCAGUAGGCAAUCAACAUGACGAUUUUCAUGGUAUGAAGGACUCUCUGAAACUCGGUAAUGAACAUUAUGAUAACGACAUUAAUAUUCGUUUAUCACAGGCUUGUGAUAGGUGUAGACUAAAGAAAAUAAAGUGCGACGGUUUAAAACCAAGUUGUACUCACUGCUCAAAAAUUAAGUUUGCUUGUAAAACAAGUGAUAGGCUAACAAGAAGAGGCUUCCCCAAAGGCUAUACUGAAAUGCUAGAAAGACAAGUGAUUGAAUUACAACAUAAAUUGAAACUUUUGGAAACACAGUCCCCAUCAAUCGAAGGUAAUACCAGUUCUGUUCAGAACAAAAAAUUAAUAGAAAAUUGUUGUAGUGACAACAGCACUGCUCAAUCGUCUACCCUUGAAACAGAGAAAAAUUUAAUAGAUAGAAGUGAAUUUUGGGACGUAAUAAUAAAAGAUUCCUUAUAUUCAGCCGAAACUUUGUUAAAUGAAAAGUUUACUAAAAACUUUAUUGAUAAAGAAUGGUUGGUUGAUUUUCAAUUAUCCAUAUUAAUCUCGAAUUUACAAUUAAAUCCACAAUAUAACUAUUUGCCAAAUUUUUUAAUUAACAAAGCAAAUACGAAUCUAGCACAAUUAAAAGAACUGAUAGAUUUAUCAAUUAAUAAUUUCACUGUCAUUCAAAACUCAAUCUUACCACUACUAUAUUCCAAUGAUGAUUUGGUUGAAGUUUCAAAUUUGACAAAUAAUACAAUAAAUAAAAACCCAAUAAAUAUAAUGAUUAUUUGCUAUAUUAUUCAAUUAAAUUGGAGUUGUUUUGAUAAAUUUAAAUUAUUUGAAGUCACAAAAACUGUAAUAAUUAAUAACUACUAUCAUUUCAAGGAUGUUAAUAAACAAAAUCAAAAUAUUAAGAUUUUGAAUUUAUUGAAUCUAUCUAUUUAUUAUUAUAUGUCAGUGAUUGAUUCAAAUAAUUUAUCAAUUAUCAAUGAUUUAUUCAAUAUAACAACUGUUUUCAUCAAUGAUGCAUUGAAAACUUCGAAUUUUAUCAACAAAGACCAAAUCAAAAAUAAACCAAUGAAAAAAUCGUUAGAUAAUGAUAUUUAUGCCAAUUAUUCCAUUGCGAACAGAAAUGAAUUAAUAAAAAAUAGAAGUAUUUCAAUUACUUGUUAUAAAUUUCUGUUAAAAUGGUGGAAUCUUUUGCAUAAGAAGGAUAUCAGACUGAUUGCAAAUCUAAAUACAGAAUAUGACUCUGAUCUUCUACUGGGAAUAUAUGAUGAAAAAUUAAAUUUAUUUAAAAUAUUAAAUGAAUUCGUUUCAAUUGUGUCCACUAACAUCAUGUUGCCUAAUGAACAACUAUCUAUUCAUUUCCAAGAUUAUGAAAAUGUUUUGAUUAAAAAAAAUCUCUAUUUUAAUAAUAACGAGAAUUUCUUAGAGAAGACCUUAACAACAGAUGAAUGCAAAAGUUUACAAAUGACAUUAUAUUAUCUGAUAUUGCAGGCAGUAUUGAUAAAUCCAGCAACAAACAAUUCUUUAUAUACAGCAUCGAAGAAUAACUAUAAAACAAAAUACCCCAAGAAGAAUCAAAAUAUUACGAUCAAUGAUAAUUCAACGUUAAUCCAAGAUCAGUCGAAGGUUGAAAACAGUUUCCAAAUCUUAUUAAAAUACCAUAGUUUUUUGACCAAUGGAAACUUUUCCCUGAAAGAUCAACCGCAACAAUUCUAUGUCAAGUAUUUUUUACCUUGUCAAAAUACAGAAAUCAUAAGGUUUUCUCUUCUGCAUUUAAACAGCUGGUCUGUAACCAAUACGAAAAAAUUCGAUGGUGAUUUGACAUUGCCAGAAAAUUGGAAUCUAUUAAGAUAUAAAACAUUUUUAACAAGAUUCUGCACACUUUGGUUUUUUGAUGACAUGAAAAAUGUAUUAUUAGUUGAAUUACAAAAUAAUUUCAAAUUUGAUUUAAGUUUGAAAUUGAAAUUGAGCAACACAAAUUUGAACAAAUACAAUAAAUUAGGUUACUUGCAAUCUGUCUCGAAUUUUAACGACACAAAUAAAAUAGGCAAUGGUUACAAUUUUUCUUUUUUCUUUGGUGGAAGAACUAAUCUAUUAAAAUGCAAUUCAGAUGCAAUAAUGGAUCAAUUUGAUAUGUUUACAGAUAAUAAUAUUGUAGAUCCUACCAACACCAAUCCCGAUCUAGAAUAUGUAGCUACUGAAGGAAAUAUAGGGAGGAACCAAAAUAUUGCCAAUGCAGAACAUGCGCCUAGUAUGAGAGAUCAUCUCGAAAAUUGCAAGCCUAACAUUGUUGAUAAUACUGGAUUUUAUCAGCCUUUGUUUGAAUCAUUUUCGUUGAAGUCAUUAACUCAACUUGACGGAAAUAACAACUUGGUUGAUGUCGGUAAAUACUCUUCUGAAUUUCUACUUAAUCAAGAGGAAACCGACGACGGUUACGCGGAAGAUGAUGACGAGGAUGACUUUACAAACGACAAUUUACAACCGCUAGAAAUUCCAUUUGUACACAAGCGUCAUAAGUCACUUUUCCAGUCCAGAUAUGACCGCUCGCCCGCAACUUUAAUAAAGACAAAGGAGUACAUGAAUAAAAAUAAAGUUGCGAAGAACAAUCAAAGUUCCAUGACUAGCAACGUCAGUGCAAUCAUACUGCCUGGGAAUGCACAAACCCUUCAAGAUAACCAAGUAAAACUUGAUCAUAUGAUCUUGAACAAUUCUUUAAAGCCAGUCUCUCACGAGCCAUUAUCUCCUAGUGCAGUCAAUUGCAGACCAGAGGCCACUGAAGACUCCAAACCGGAUGAAAGAGAUAACACUACCGCAAAAUAUAAAACUGAUGGAGCUUCGUCGUUGAAUGGCCACAAAGCACAAAACUUGCUACAGAGUCCCAACAAGACCCCAAGUUUCAACAAUUUCAACUUCAUAGAGACGACAAGAUCCUUUUCUGACAUGUUGUUUUUAAAAUCCAAUUCUCAAUUGAACCUCUUAAAGAAAAUACAAGAUUGA